GAAUGGCAGGCCGAAGCUGGUUGGCGGUCGGCGGUCCUGGCGGGCCUGGCUGCCCUGGUGGCGGUCCCGGCCCUGGCUGCCCUGGUGGCGGUCCCGGCUGCCCUGGUGGCGGUCCCGGCUGCCCUGGCGGCGGUCCCGGCUGCCCUGGUGGCAGUCCCGACUGCCCUGGCGGUGGUCCUGGCUGCCCUGGUGGCGGUCCUGGCUGCCCUGGCCCUGAGGGCGGUCCCGGCUGCCCUGGCGGUCCUUUCAGGCAUACAAAGUUUCGUGAAGCAAACCGAAACAUGGCAGACGCAGGUCUCACUAGAAGCUGCGUUCCGGAAUGUGCUGGAAGUCCUCUGGCAACCCAUUGAGGUGCUGCCACUGGAGCAGCGAGUUGUCGGGGCUGAGAGCCAGACCUGUAAGGUCUGA